CUCAUCACACUAGAGCAUGCAUCCACUUUAAAUCCGGUUUCUGCUUCCUGCAGAAGUCUGGGGUUUGUAGUUUGGUGAGGCCCAGGGACUGUCUGGCUGAGCUGUUUAAAGCUCCCUCCCUAAAGUGGAUUUAAAGUGGAGCCCCCGAUGGUGCAGCGGGUUAAAACGCUGAGCUGCUGAACUUGCUGACCAAUAGCGGAGUGAGCUCCCGCCAUUAGCCCCAGCUUCUGCCAACCUAGCAGUUUGAAAACAUGCAAAUGUGAGUAGAUCAAUAGGCAGAAAGGCACCAUGCAGUCAUGCUGGCCACAUGUCUACGGACAAUGCCUGCUCUUUGGCUUAGAAAUGGAGAUGAGCACUAACCCCAGAGUCAAACACGACUGAAGGUAAGGGUGCUCCAUGCAGUCAUGCUGACCACAUGACCUAGGAGGUGUCUAUGAACAAUGCCUGCUCUUUGGCUUAGAAAUGGAGAUGAGCACUAACCCCAGAGUCAAACACGACUGAAGGUAACGGUGCUCCAUGCAGUCAUGCUGACCACAUGACCUAGGAGGUGUCUAUGAACAAUGCCUGCUCUUUGGCUUAGAAAUGGAGAUGAGCACUAACCCCAGAGUCAAACACGACUGAAGGUAACGGUGCUCCAUGCAGUCAUGCUGGCCACAUGACCUAGGAGGUGUCUACGAACAACACUGGCUAUUAGGCUUAGAAAUAGAAUGAGCACCAACCCCCAGAGUCGGACACAACUGGACUUAACAUCAGGGGCAACCUUUACCUUUACUAAAGUGAAUCUAAGUUCUAGUGUGAUGAGGUCCUGGGAGAGAAGGGCCUCGCUCUCUUUCUCUGUCCCCAACUCCUUCACCUCACUCAAGUCCUGGUUGUUUUUAUUGGGUUGCUGUGAGUUUUCCGGGCUGUAUGGCCAUCUUUAAGAAGCAUAUAAAUCAAUAAUAAUAAAACUUUAUUGUAUACCGCCCCAGGGGGACUCAGGGCAGACUCCCAACAUACAAAAAGGCAAACAUUCAAUGCCUCUAUAAAAUGAAUCAAUGCUGACAUGACAUCCCAGAAAAAACCCAUAUAUGAAAAAACUGACAUCAAAUUAAGUUUAUUGAUGUUAGCUUUAAUUCAUUGAUAUUAGAACAGGCAUGGGCAAACAUGGGCCCUUCAGGUGUUUUGGACUCCAACUCCCAUACUUGUGGGAGUUGAGUCCAAAACACUUGGAGGGCCCAAGUUUCCCCAUGCCUGUGUUAGAGCAUUCUCUCCUGACGUUUCGCCCACAUCUAUGGUAAGCCUCCUCAGAGGUUGUGAGGUCUGUUGGAAACUAGGCAAGUGGGGUUUAUACAUGUGCAGGGUGGGAAUAAUGUCCAGAGUGGGAGAAAGAACUCUUGUCUGUUGGAGGCAUGUGGGAAUGUUGCAAUUUACAUUACUUCUCUGGUUGAGUUAGUCUGCAGUGCCUUUCAUGUUCUUAGAUUCGUGUCUGGGCAAUGCUGUGUUUGGGGAUCCCUAUGUAGACUUCUCCAUAGCUGCAUGGUAUACGGUAGACUCCUGCAGAGGUGAGAGGUCAGCUGUAGCAGAGCACUUGAUGCACCAACCUGGUCACAGCAUAUUAUUUGAGAACACAGAAAUACUGGGCCACUCUCACAACUAUCAUGUCAGACUACACAGAGAAGACAUUGAAAUCCACAAACAAGCUUGUGGGCAAUUUCCUUAGAAAGGAGGAAACCAUGAAAAUGAACAAAAUCCGGCUACCAGUAUUUUAAAAACUCUAAAAUCAGGACAGUAAAUAAAGAACAACACUCUGAAAACAAGGGAAUUCCAGACAGGAAACCAUCAGGGCCAGCUAACGCCUCCCAACAAAGGCUUCCCCCAGACAGGAAGCAGCCCAGCCUUGAAGUUGCAAGGUUAUUCAGUGCUAAUCAAGGUGAUUAAAUGCAACGUUCACUCUUGCUUUCACACUUGCCUCCAACACAGAAGACUUGUCCACAGUGCAUGGUAUAUGGUAGACUCCUGCAGUGGUGAGAGCGAGGCUUUGAAGCUGCAAGGCUUUUCAAUGCUAAUCAAGGUGGUCAGUUGCAACAUUCACACUUGCCUCCAACAGACAAUGAGUUCUUUCUCCCACCCUGGACCUUCCACAGAUAUAUAAACCCCACUUGCCUAGUUUCCAACAGACCUCACAACCUCAGAGGAUGCCUGCCAUAGAUGUGGACAAAAAGUCAGGAGAGAAUGCUUCAGGGACAUGGCCCUACAGCCCGGAAAACUCACAGCAACCCAGUGAUUCCGGCCAUGAGAGCCUUGGACAACACGUUGUUGUUAUUCUUCGCGCUGCCUACCUACCCCUCUCCAGCAGAAACUAUGAAGUGGUCUUGUAUGGAGGGGGAGGAAGGAGCGCAACAAGGGCGGCGUGCGCCCCCUCUCACGCGGGCGCCGUGAAGUGAAGCCACACAUUUCUUUUAUUUGUGGGUGGGGGUGCUGUCUGUCUUGAGUUGAGGAGGCAGAGCCUCCCUCUCGUGCUCCUUAUGCCUCUUUAAAUCCAACGGAGGUAGAGCGGUUGGGCUGGACUUCCUGAGCGGGAGUGAUAGGCAAAGGGAGCCAAUCGGGGCAAGGUCUGGCGCCGCGGGGGGAGGAGGAGGAGGAGGAGGCAGAGGCAUCGAGGGGCUCCCUCCCUCUCUCUGGGCGGGGAAGAGCCCAAUCCAGGCGCUUGAAACUUCGCCCAGCCACUCAGCGGACGCGGCUUGGGCUGGCUUUGAGCGAUAAAACAACAACAAAACCCCCUAAAGUUUCCUUGGCCUUUUAAGAGGCUUAGACGGGAGCGCAGCAAAGGGGAGGGAGCUAAUCUGCCAAUACGUCACGGAAGGAACUUCAGGAGACAGUGAAGAGGAAGUUGGAAGGAGCACGCUCACCUCUUAAUGGUGAACAGCAGAAUGGCGUCUGUGACAAUAGCUUCUCCCCCAUGAGCAAGAGGAUACGGAAAGAGGCACCUAGCAUCGAGAGAGUCAACAACUUGACCAACAAUUUGCCUUUGCCGUCUCUUUCUCCUCUUCACCAGCUUGACAUAAAGCCAUCGUUACCCUUGCAGAACAGUGGAACUCAUGCUGGUGGCCUAGAUGACAUGAAUAAAAAUGGCGGACUUCCAGAGAUUAAACUCCCAAUCAAUGGCUGUGCUGACCUAGAGGACAGUUUUAACAUCUUACACAACAGCAACAGCAAGGAGUUAAAGCAAGAGCCCUUGGAUGACCCUAGCUGCAUUGACAAUUCUGACACAUCACUUUCAAAUCAGAAUAAACUGUUUUCAGACAUUAAUCUGAAUGACCAAGAAUGGCAGGAAUUGAUAGAUGAGCUGGCAAACACUGUUCCAGAGGAUGAUAUACAAGAUUUGUUCAAUGAAGACUUUGAAGACAGAAAGGAACCUGAAUUUACCCGGCCGGCCAUUGAGAUUCAGGAGAGUGCAAGUGUUAAAAGUGACCCAUCUCACUCUCCAUUUGCCCAUGUACCCCUGGGGUCUCCACAGGUAAGGCCUUCCUCUUCAGGUCCUCCAUUUUCAAAUGUCCCUACAGCUUCUAGUUUACCAACUGUGUCGAGUGCACCCCCUGCUCCAGUUCCUGACAACUCACCAGCAAACUGUGUGGUUCAGUCACCUCAGACUCCCAACCAAGCCCAUACCCCAAACCAAACUCCAUCACGACCGGGAAACGGUUAUCUCAUGAAUCCAACAACAGUGACAACGACUGGCUCUGGGCCUGGCCAAGUGGCUGUGUCCAAUUCUGAUUUGUCUCCAGCUGAACAGCUUAAGCAGAUGGCAGCACAGCAGCAACAGCGAGCUAAACUCAUGCAGCAGAAACAGCAGCAGCAUCCAAAUCAACCAUCGAGUUGGUCUCCAGUUGGGCCUCCAACUAGUCCUUAUGGAGGGCCCUUCAGUACAGAAAAACCAAAUAGCCCAAUGAUGUAUGCCCAAGCCUUUAACAACCAAAAUCCUGUAGUGCCUCCAACAGCAAGCAACCCACAAAAGACUACAAUGAAUAACUACCUCCCUCAAAACCACAUGAAUAUGAUCAGCCAGCAGCCAAAUAACUUGGGUUCAAACUCUUUAAGCAAACAGACCAAUAUGCUUUCUUAUGGAAACACUAAACCUCUGACUCAUUACAAUGCUGACUUGAGUCAAAGAAUGACCCCACCAAUGGCCAAUCCCAGCAAAAAUCCCAUGAUGCCAUACAUGCAGCAACAGCAACCCCAACAGUCGCAGAUACAGGCUCAAAUGACACACUUGACUGAGGAGCAGAAACGCAUGCUGAUUAUGAAACAGAAAGGAAUGAUGAAUCAGCCAAUGGCUUAUGGCACACUUCCCUCCCUUGGCCAGGACCAACACCCGGUGGGAUUGUCUCGGCCCACAGCUCCCAUGCAGUCCGCUGUACCACCUGGCUCCAGUAAUGUGGGUACAAGCCCAAGCAACACCACUUUUAUGGGGAACCAGCCUCAAGCAGCCAUUAUGAAGCAGAUGCUGAUUGAGCAAAGGGCUCAGCUUCAUAUGAUGGAGCAGCAGAAACAGCAGUUCCUGCUAAGGGAGCAACGGCAGCAGCAGCAGCAAAUCUUAGCCGAACAGCAUUUGCAGCAGCAACAGCAGUCGCAUUUGCCUCGUCAGCAUCUCCAGCAACAGCAGCGAAACCCCUAUCCUGUGCAACAAGUCAAUCAGUUUCAAGGUUCUCCCCAGGAUAUAGCAGCAGUGAGAAACCAGGCAGCUCUUCAGAGCAUGAGGACAUCACGAAUGAUGCCCCAGAACACCAGCAUGAUGACAAUGGGGGCUUCCCAGAAUACUGGGGCCAUGUCUGCUGCAGCUGGUCAAUCUGAGAUGGGGAUGGCUCCCUACAGCAGCCCUGCAGCCAGCCAGCCAGGAAUGUACAAUAUGAACACAGGAAUGAGCCAAAUGUUGCAGCACCCAAACCAAAGUAGCAUGAGCCUGUCACAUAACCCAAAUCAGGGGCCAAGGCAGCCCAGCUCCGCACAAGGCGUAAGCAUGGUCAGUGGCUUUGGCCCUAACAUAUUGGUGAGCUCUGCCAUAUCUCAACAGCAUCAGCAGAUGAAAGGACCAGUGGGUCAGGUGCUGCCCAGACCACAAGCUCCCAGACUUCAAAACAUGAUGGGUCCCGUCCCACAAGGAGCACAGAACUGGCAGGCACGAGGGUUACAAGGUAUGCCUGGGCGGACUAGCAGUGACAUUGGACCUUUCAAUAAUGGUGCUGCUUAUCCAAUGCAAACAGGUCAGCCAAGGCUUCCUAAGCAACAUUUUCCACAAGGCAUUAGCCAAUCUGUCAUGGACACAAGUGGGACAGUUCGGACCCUUAACCCAGCAAUAGGAAGGCAAAUGUUGCAACAGCUCCCUGGACAACAAGGAACCAACAGCUCAACUAGAUCAAUGGUUAUGCCUACAAUAAAUCAGGCAGUUCCCACUUUGACUGGCUUUAACCAACCCCCUGCACAACAUAUAGCAGGAGGAAACUUCACCCAGAGCAGCCAAGGUCAGAUAUAUGAAAGGAAUCCCACUCAGGACAUCUCUUAUGGUUAUAGCAAUGAGGGAACUGGAGGUUCUUUUCCAAAUUUAGCAGAGAGUACAGACCUUGUAGAUUCCAUCAUUAAAGGUGGACCAGGUGAUGAGUGGAUGCAAGAACUUGAUGAAUUGUUUGGAAAUCCAUAGCACAUGGGAUUGUGUAUACAGUUCCAAAGCUUUGUGGGGUCAAUAAAGGAAAGCAGAAUGUUGCCAGUCCUUAUCUCUUCACUUUGGUUUUCAAGUUUUGCAAAGCAAGCUGAUAUCUGGCUGUUUGAAGGAGACAUGGAUGGACUUGAAGACAUGAGUAAGAAGGCCUUGCCAGCAUCUCCUUGGUAAUUUCUAUGCCAUAGCAUUCGUGCUGCAGGUGGGAAUGAGAAAAACAAUAGGAGGCUGCUAGUCUUCAUGUGGCAAAGCAGUGGUUGUCUCUCAACAGUGCACUUUCCUACUCAGCUCUGCUGGAAUUGCUGUAGCUUUGAGGACACAGAAGAGGCACCUGAGUCCUGAGUCAAAACAGGAGAGGUGUAAGGUGAUUGUACAAGCCACGCAGGUCAGAACAGGUGCUAAACUCUGGGUUUACGCAAACAACCAAGUUUCUUCAUGUACCUAUGUGUCUAAUAGGAAGUCAAGCCAAGGUUGCUUGAACAUGGUGAUGACUGGACACAGCCACAGCUGAAUGGAGCCAUUUACUGGGCUAUCAGACCGCCUUUACAUGCAGAAAGAAAAAGUCCUGUCUGGGUAGUUUGCCUUUCACUUGUUGUCCAUUUCUUCUAUAACUAAGUGGUUUUUCAUUUAGUUUGUCUUUAAGUGUGAAAAAAAGAAGCAGAGCUCUAGAGCAGGCCAGUGCAGUGCUUGUAUUGGUCACUGAAGUGGCUGCCACCAAAGACAGGGAUGCAAGAACAACCAGACAUUGAAAAGGAGAUAUAUAUGCUCAAGUACAUGAUAGUGUUCGUGUCUAGCUUGUGUUUUCCCUGGGAGCACAAGAUGAAUGGGUGUUACUUGUAUGGAGUUGGGCUACCCAUGUGAUGUUCCAAGCACUCUCUGUUCCGCUGAAUUUUAGGAACUCAAGAAGGAACUGGUCUAAAGAUCACACAGGAAAGGGCCAAUAACUACAAUGAACAUGUAUAUGUAUAUUACCUAGGCAUCAGUGUUGACACGUCAACAUUCAGCAAGUUGGAAGCAUGUUUAUGCUUGACAUAUUUCAGAAAUAUUUCAUCUUUUCCCUUCUUUGUACAUGACAGUACCAAGCUCUUUCUAUAACACCUAUACUAGUCAUUGAGAAAAUAAAGUAAGGAAGAAAAGAUCUUCCACUGCAGUAACUUUUGAUAGUAGUGGCACAUAGUAUUGCAAUUGAGCUCCCCAGAGGUAAUUUUCAAAUAGAACUUUAUGUGCCACUAUUUUGUAGGGCUAGAUCUGAAAUGCAAUGCUUUAUUUAGCCCCAUAAGGGUUUUAAGAGUGGAGCUGAUGAGAAAUGAAUAUCCCUGUAUACAGGGAUACAGGCUUGGAAUUAAAGGGAUCCACUUCCAUGAUUCUGCCUGGACCUGAUUAUACGUUACAUGCAACCAUGUAAUUAAACACCAGUGAUACUGUUUUUCCACUAAGCAAAUUCAAAGAUCAUUGAGUGAAAAAAAGCAAUACUUUACAGUUCUUGUUCUGUAUCACCCUCCAGUUGCUUUCCAGCCCAUGCGAGGUCUCAAAAGCAAACACAACUCCAUGGGAAGAAAGGGUGUUUCUGAAGAGGAGACGGGAUUGAUCACUAUCAUAUCUGACCACACUUCACUUAAAAUACCUCAUCCAGAAGAUGUUUUUAUUUGAAAAGAGUGAAAAGAAAAGAAUCAGGAUUCAAUUACACAUGUUUAUACGUAAUAUAUAGUCAGGCCUUCAAGCGUUAAACUCCUCCAUAGUCAUUGAACAUGUGUGCCACUGAAAUUGAUGGGUGACAUGUUGUUGAUUCUCAUGCGAGUUAGAUAUAGUGGGAUGGAACAUCAUCAAAUGCAGUUUCAGCCUGUGCCAAAAUGAGGAUUGACAAAAGUACUUUCAGACUGGUGAACUUGAAUUGUGGUGAAGCAGUUCUUGGCUGAUAAAACCUUUGCCAUGCACCCAGUAUGUCAUGUGCCAAAGUCAAUCCUCAUUUUAGCAUCAAUUGGGAGUAGUGCCCUGAAAAUCCAAAUAAGAUUUUAGUCAACAAAUAUCCUGAGCAGAAAGAGUUGGGAGAACAAAGAACAAAUGGGUCUUGGAGUGUUGUAGAGUCAAGUAAAGAUGAGAGAGAGUGACCAUUUCCUUCAGCAUACCAAUGUAGAAACCAAGUGUCUGUGUUCAUUGCUUCUCUCAGCCUCAGACAGAAUUCCACUUUUGUGGAAAGGGUAACAAUAGAAAGACGGACAGUGCAAGCCUGUUUGUUUAUUCAGAAGUAAGUCCUACUGUAUUCCAUGGGGCUUGCUCCCAGGUAAUUGUGCACUGAAUUGUGAUAUUAUGAUUGUAAUAUCAGGGCUCUGAACUGCACAAAAUCUAAUGAGUAAUAAAACUUAUCAUUCACUUUUGUCAUAAAAGUACAAGAAUUUCUGUUUCUUCUUCUGAUGAGGCCUCUAAAUCCAUCAUAUUUGUAAAGCUUCCUUUAAAUAUUUUAAAAUGGGACCAAGUAAUAAAAACAUUUAAUAUCUUGGGCUUUUUGUUUUGUUUUGUUUUUACUAUGGUGCUGAUGUAUAUGACAUGUGUAAAAAGAAGAAUUAUUUGUAAAUAUGUUUUUACAAUCCUGCAGAUAUCACUGGGUCUAAUCUGUAAAAUAUAUAUACAUAUAAAUAAAUAUAAUUAUAUAAAUAUAUAUAUAAAUAAAUAUAUAUAUAUAAUGUUUGUUUAAAAUAGAGUAUUUUUAUUUCAUUCUUUAACUCAUCCUCACUGCAGUGGUAUUGCACUUCAGAUGUCUAACUACUAAUUUGUACUGUAUCUUUGCCAGCAACUUGCUCCAUUUUAUUCAGAAUUUUCUAGUUUACUGUUUUUUACUUUGUACAUUGGACAUUGUUUAUUUCCUUUUGAGAACUGUACAGAGUGCUGGAAAAAUGUAGAAACUGACUAAUAACAUACCAAUUUUAAAAUAAAAAAUAAAAUAAGAGAUGGUUAUCUGA